AUGGAUCCAAACGAUUAUCGUGCCUUGCACGAAAGCCAGAUGGAAAACAACAAUGGAACUACCGCCAUGAACGUGUUCAUGCACAUUGCACCCCCGGUAUUCAGCGUAUUCCACACAGUGCAGCUCAUUGCCAUGACCGGUGUAACGCACAUUCCGCUUCGAUUUCUGAUCGAGUUUUCCCUAAUCGUCCUGCCGUUCGUCCUGCUCGUCACCGUACUACACCGACUGGCGCUAAACAUAACGCUCACACUGGUCGUGUUAUCCUGCGUUUCGGCCGUCCACCAGAUGCGCAAUCGAUUGCAUCUGAUGCCGUUCGUACAGGUGCCGGGUCGAUCGCCACAGUUUCUAACAUGCGUUCGCGCAUUGGUUAACCUCACGACUGCCGUUUGCAUUUUGGCGGUUGAUUUCCAUUGCUUCCCGCGAGUGCUUGCUAAGACGGAAACCUUCGGUUACGGGCUCAUGGACAUCGGGGUAGGACUUUACGUGUUUAGUAACGGCAUCGUGUAUAAAGUGCGACCCGCUGAUCAACGACGAAUGAAUGCGGCGAGGCUGAGAAGCAUCCUCACCGGUACGGCACCUCUGUUCCUGCUUGGAUUCGCCCGGUUCUUCCUGACCAACGAGCUUGACUAUCAACUGCACGUGUCCGAGUACGGUGUGCAUUGGAAUUUCUUCAUUACGCUAGCGUUCGUCAAGCUGUUUGGAACCAUCAUCAUGGAUUUGGUGCACGAUCCAGAAGUGAUCAAAUUUGUGGCCAUCACGUUGCUAUGCUGCCACGAGAUGAUGCUCCAUCUGGGUGUCUCACGGUACGUGCUCAGUAGCGACACGCAACGGACCACGUUUUUCUCCGCCAACCGGGAAGGAAUCGUGUCGCUUCCAGGAUAUCUCGCACUCUUUCUCGCUUCCGUGUACAUCGGGUGGGUUGUGCGACCCUCGGAGGAAAUCACGCUGGCUAAGAAGUUCCUCCGCCGUGCUGGUAAAAUUGCCGUAAUUGCCGCCGUCUGCUGGAAGAUGAUAUACGUAUGUGAGGACAUGUUCGGUAUCUCGCGCCGACUUGCCAAUAUGGGAUACUGCUUCUGGAUACUGGCCAUCGGGAGCAGCGUAACGGCGCUGUUUAUGUUCUUCGAGCUGUUCGUUUACUUCGUGCGAUUUGAGGAACCGAAAUCGCCAGAUCAGAUUAUGAAAACUGACGAUUUUUGCAUUCCGUACGUACCGCUAGUGCUACAGGCGAUUAACGGGAAUGGUUUGUUCUUUUUCCUCAUCGCGAACCUACUCACCGGGUUAGUGAAUCUCGUUUUUCAAACCUUCCUACUGGGAACCGCAGCCGCCCUCACGAUCAUCGCCUACUACAUGUUUAUGCUUUGCGUUGCGGUGUCUUUCCUGUGCGUGAACCAUGUUAAGCUCAAGAUAUGGUGAAUGCAAACGUUGCAGAUUACGCUUUCCAUAAGUUGUAAAUUUAAGAAACCCUCAAUUCCGUUCUUUCUUAUCUAGUCAUCAUCGGCCAUUGUAAGAUAGGUGAAACGUUAGUCCUUUUUUGUUUUUGCUAAAACAUAUUCAAAUAACAACAAGCCAA